AUGCCUCUCUGUUCGGCUUAUGGAUGCUCUGAAAGUGAUGAAAGUUCGAAACGUUUACAUUUCUACAGAUUUCCAAAUCGUGAAAAAUCACCAAACAGACACAAAAAAUGGAUAGAUUUUUGUAAACGAAAAAACUUUAGGCCAUCCAAAAAUUCUAGGUUGUGUUCCAAACAUUUUAAACUUGAAGACUUUAAUCAAUCUGAUGUUCUUAGAAAAAAAUUGAUGCCUAAUACUAAAGUCAGAAUUAAUUUAAAUUCUGGAGUAAUACCCACUUUACGAUCCGAAACAAUUGAUUUAUUACCAAGUAAACGUGAUUUAAGAGUAAAACGUAGGUAUUACACAGAGACUGCAAGUUUGAUUCAAUCAAGUACACCAGAAAAAUCGAUGCUAGUAGAAAACUAUGAUGGGAUUAAUUUUAGUGACACUAGUUUAGAUACAGAUAUUUUAGAUGAACAAAUUAAUCCAAAUGAUAAGAGUGUACAGUGUGAAAUUGGAAAAGAUAUUUAUACAAAUUUAGAAGUAAAUGAUGAUUUAUCAUUCGAUUUAUCAGAAUCCAGUGAUGAAUCUUGUUCUUCAGAUAGUGAAGCUGAUAUUAACUGUAGUUCAAAACUUUUUACACACUGUCGCCAAUGUAGUGGCAAAGUUACAUCAAAACAAUAUUUUAUUCAAGGUGCGCUACUUUCAGUUUCUACACUGUGUGAAAAUGGUCAUGGAUUACAAUGGUAUUCUCAGCCGAAAGUUAACAAAAGACCGGAAGGAAAUAUUUUGAUAGGUAGUGCUCUUACAUUAUCUGGAAUUUUGUUUAAUCAGUUCAAAGCAUUUUGUACAGCUAUAAAACUUUCAAUUAUUAUGUCUUCUGAGUUACCUAUUUGGCUGGCAGGGGACGGUCAAUUCGACUCGCCUGGAUUUUGUGCAAAAUACUGUACAUACUCUGUAAUGGAUAUUCACUCUGGCAAAAUUAUGGAUUUUAAAUUGGUUCAAAAGGGCCAAAUAAAAGGUGACCUAGAAAGACAAGCUUGUGAACAACUACUAACAGAGUUAAAAAAUGUAUAUAAUUGUGAAAUUGAAUUGUUACUUACAGAUAGACACAAAGGAAUUCGUAAAUAUAUACGAACACAACAUCCAAAAAUUAUGCACGAAUUUGAUAUAUGGCAUUUGAGUAAAAGCUUGAUGAAGAGAUUUAAACCAUUGGAAAAAAAGUAUUCUGAUGCAUUUUUAUGGAAGUCUUCAAUAAACAACCAUCUUUGGUGGUCUGCCCAAACAUGUGAAGGAAAUGGAAAAUUGUUAGUCGAUAAAUUUAUUUCUGUAUUAUAUCACAUUUCUAAUAAGCAUGAAUGGGUUGAAGAUGGUAAUAAAAAACAAUGUCAACACGAAAAAUUAACAGAAAAUGAAAUUAGAUCAAAAUUAUGGUUAAAUCCAGAUAGUGAGUCAUACUAUGCUUUGAAGAAAAUCAUUAUGUCAAAAGAUUUACUAAAGGACUUGGAACAUGCAAAGAACUUCGUGCACACUGGUCGAUUAGAGUCAUACCAUAACUUACGUUUAAAAUAUAUGCCAAAAAGAAUUCAUUUAAAGUAUAAAGGUAUGCACAUGAGAAGUAUGAUUGCCAUUAUAGACCAUAAUCAUAAUAUAAAUAAAAAGGAAUUGGGUGACAAAAUGGUAUAUUCAAAACCUGCUGGACGAUAUGUUUUAAAAACCAAAUAUGAACAUGGUAAUGACGAGUGGCGUCAUAUACUUAUGUCAGAAAUAAAAAAAAAAAUGAAAGAAAUAACACUAACAAUAACAGAAUUUGAGACUGUAGCAAUACCUCAAACAAUAGCACCUCAACCAAAACCAAACUAUGAAGAUUUAAUGAAAACGAAAUAUUCAAGAUUUUCUCGUAAAUAA